AUGAGCUGGAGCUUCCUCACGCGGCUGCUGGAAGAGAUCCACAACCACUCCACCUUCGUGGGGAAGCUGUGGCUCACCGUGCUCAUCGUCUUCCGCAUCGUCCUGACGGCCGUCGGAGGAGAGUCCAUCUACUACGACGAGCAGAGCAAGUUCGUGUGCAACUCGGGCCAGCCGGGCUGCGAGAACAUCUGCUACGACGCCUUCGCCCCGCUCUCCCACGUCCGCUUUUGGGUCUUCCAGAUCAUCCUGGUGGCCAUGCCGUCCCUCAUGUACAUGGGCUACGCGGUCAAUAAGAUCGCGAGACUGGACGAGGCCAAGGGCGGCGUCGGCGCCGCCGCGGUGAGGACCGGCACGGGAGGGGGCUACACGCACAGGAAGCCCAGGAAAAUCUGCUUCGGGGCGCGGCAGCACCGGGGCGCGGAGGAGACCGAGGACGACCGCGAGGACGAUCCCAUGAUUUACGAGGUCCCGGAGAUGGAGCCUCCCAAAAGGCCUCGCGAUCCGCUGCAACCCACGCCCAGACCCAAGAUCCGUCACGACGGCCGCACGCGCAUCCGAGACGAGGGGCUGAUGCGAGUCUACGUUUUGCAGCUGGUGACCCGCACGGUCCUGGAAGCCGGCUUCCUCACGGGUCAGUACCUGCUGUACGGCUUCCGCGUCACGCCCAUUUUCGUGUGUUCGGGGAAGCCUUGCCCGCACAGCGUGGACUGCUUCGUGUCCCGGCCCACGGAGAAAACCAUCUUCCUGCGCAUCAUGUACGGCGUCACCGUCCUCUGCCUGACGCUCAACGUCUGGGAGAUGCUCCACUUGGGCAUCGGCUCAAUCUGCGACAUCCUCCGCCGUCGCCGCCGCCCGCCUUCGGACGACGAGUAUCAGCUAGGCCUGCUGGGCCCCGACGUGGGCGCCGGGGGCUCGGUCGGCGGCGCGGGACCCGAGGCGGGUUCGGAAGGCGGAGUGGGCGGCGACGGGCCCGCCGACUACGCGGGCUACCCUUUCUCCUGGAACGCUCCGUCGGCGCCUCCCGGAUACAACAUCGUGGUGAAACCGGAGCAGAUGCCCUACACCGACCUGAGCAACGCCAAGAUGGCGUGCAAGCAGAACCGGGCCAACAUCGCGCAGGAGGAGCAGCAGCAGUUCGGCAGCAACGAAGACAACUUCCCCACCGGGGGCGAGGCCCGCGUGGCCCUCAACAAGGACAUGAUUCAGGAGGCCCAGGACCAGCUGGAGGCCGCCAUUCAGGCCUACAGCCAGCAGCAUCGCGCCGAGGAGCAGCUCGGAGACGGCCGGGAAGACAAGCCCCAGAGCAACAUUAUCCAGACUCAGCCUCCCAAGGAACGCAAGCACAGACUCAAGCACGGCAAGGGGGGCGGGAGUAGCGGCGGAGGCAGCAGCAGCAACAGCAGCAGCAGCAAAUCAGGGGAGGGAAAACCCUCCGUGUGGAUUUAG